CUGUGCACGUGGAUUACAGUCCGCCUGAUCUGCAGACGUCGGUAGCUGUGUGCGAAAGGGGGAUCUAGAGACGCCAGUGUGGUGUGAAAGGGGGAUCUCUACGUUAAAGAAAGAGGAGUACUGGGAACCUAUCAUGUGAUGGGUGCCUAUAGUACAGCUGUGAUUGUGACUGAUGUUCUUCUGAGGAGAUUGUGUCUUCCGUUGGUCCUUGUGGCGUCGGCAGUUCUCCGGUACAAUGUGCUGUCUCUGGUGAAUCUUUUGUUAUUUCUUGUCUCUCUUCUGCUUCCUGGACCUCAUCUAAAAGCUCAGAAAGCUUCAUCAUUGGUGUAUCUGAGUGUGGUAGUGGUAUGGUCGUUUCUGGCUACAUUGGGACAAUCUCUUUUUCAGAUAGUUCUGGCUACUGGCUACUCUGAUCGACUUCAACCAUGUAACCAACAAGAAAGCAGUUGGAGACAGUUUGGAUUGAUUCUGUUUCAUGGAACAGGAGUAGAUGCUGCGGACAUUGUCCGGCAUAUUUUGCCUGACUUUGUGGUGUUUCUUGCUGCACUGGCAAACCUCGUGACCAGUGGUUAUAUUGUGGCUCGUAUAAGAAAGAUGGACCGGAUUAGUGGAGUUGUUCUUCAAGAGGAAUGUCCAAGUGUCCAGGAUAUUGAGAGUGAAGGUGCGACUCGACCACUUCCCACCCCUGGUUAUCCAUUGCAUAUACAAAGCUAUUGGCAACUCCCAAAGAUUGUCGUCCUACUCUUUGAAGUUUCCACCUUCAUAACUCUAUGUCUUUCAGGUGUGGCUGUACCAUCCCUCACAUCUUUUACCUACUAUGCGAUGUUCUUACUCAUUCUGGCUGCAUGGAGUUGCCAUCAAGCAGUGAAGUGGAGGGGCUGCAUACGUGUUUUGCGCUGUUGUAUGACUUUCUACACCAUGCUGCACCUCAUAAGCCUUUACCUUUACCAGUUUCAAGCUGCCCAGCAGAACAUUCCUAUUAAACCAGAUGAUACCAGCAAGAGUUUACUUGCAAGGCUUUUUGGACUUACACCAAUUAUCCUAACAGACUGCGAGUACCCUACUCGUCUGCAGUUACACCAUGGCUUGGAAAGCACUGUGUUUGUUAAUGCUGCUCUGCUUGUACUGCUUUGUCUGCUGCUAGCCACCGAUAUGAGGCUUUGGAUUAACACACCAGAAAUUUUAUGGAAAAGAUGUGAAACCUACCAUUUGCCAGUAAGGGACUCACUACCUUCACCUACACUCCAUUUGGUUUCUAGUGGAAGAUCGUCGUCACCUGUUCAGUGGAGUCAGUAUGGGACUUACAAGAUUAGAGGAUCACACAGACAGGAACCGGCAGUGGAGGGUGUGUCAGAGGAAGAUGCCGCUGAAUAUGUUGGGUUUAAAGAGGAAGAAAAAAGAGAGGGUGAUACCUAUGGCAGUAGUGCGGCUUCUGAACAUGCAAGGAGACAAUGCACUUGGAAGGAUAUAAGAAGAAGAAGUUUGCAAUUCGUUAAAAGCUCCUGGCACGUACUGCUACAGAUAUCCUAUGUUCCUGCAAUAGUUUGCAUGAUGUUUUGGUCUGUGUUGUACCCAUCUUGGCCAGCACUGCUCCUGCUCUACUGGGCGUGUACAAUAUGGCUAAUUCCUAAAUUCACCCCAAAGAACUCUCUCUUCUAUACAUCACCAGCUCUUGUCGUAUAUGCAGUUUGUCUGCUGGUACUUCAGUAUGUGUUCAGCUUAAAUUUAACAUCAAGUGAGCUUUCUCCUGUUGAUGGAGUUGGUAAAGAAUGUCAUGAAAAUAACACUCCUGGAUGUAAGAGUUUUGUUCCUUUGAUAAAGACUGCAUUCACCAUAGUUUUCUUCUGUGCACUACAUGAGUUUGUCAGGAUAAAGUUUAAUAAACACACCCAUAUCCAAGAUGACACUGCAGAUGGUGAGAUGCCUCUCAUUCCCUUGCAUGCGAAAGAGGACACAGGUAGGACUGCACCUGCUACAGCUGUUCAACAGAUGGGGUCAAAGUUGAUUACUGAAGGCUUUUAUUUGCUCUCAACUUACUGGAUACUGGUGGUAGUAGCAGCGUUUUUGCUGGUCUUUCUCUCUGGUGAACCAAGCGUGUUGAAGACGGUAUACCUCAUCUUCUUUUUUCUCUUCCUUGUCAUGUAUCAGGUUUUUGAGCGUUGCUGGUACUAUGUGUGUAUUCCUGUGUGGUGGGGACUAGUGCUGUAUGCAGCACUUGAGCUCACCCUCAUCUAUACUUAUCAGUUUGAUUCAAUAAGUGAUGCCUGGGAAAAGGCCUACAACAACACUCCUUUAACAGUGAAUUCCGAAGACCUAUUCCGCAGUAUUGGAUUAAGAAAAUAUGGAAUUAACUCCUUGAGGUCAUUGUGUGUCAGCCUCAUACCCCCAGCUGUCUUUAUAGCUGUAAUGGCAAUACAACUUCGCUAUUUUAAUCCCUUAAGACAAGAAGUUUCCUCCCAGAGGACUGCCAUUGAAACCGAAGGAGGUACUGCUGGGCCUGAUUCAGUGUCAAGAACAUCCUCAGUGGCUUCUGCUGUGGCUAGAGAAAAAUCUGUCUCCUACUUUUAUCAACUUCCACCUUAUCUGUGGAAGAAGUCCAAGCAGAUUAUGUGCCAAAUAGUUCAGAUAUCUUGGCGAUUUUUAGAGCUCCAUCUUCAUAAAUUCUCAAUGGUUGUGCUAUUCUGGGUUGUUCUGUCAGAAGUCAGUGCUGGCUACUGGGUAUUACUGGGUGUGUCACUGAUGGUUAUACCACUGCCUUACUUCAAUAAAAUCAUGUACCCUCUCCUUACUUUAUAUAUUGGAUUGCUGUUAGUCAUAAAAACAACUUACCAGUAUCCUAUUGUGGCUCAAUACAUGUUCAACCUUACUACCUUAAAUGGUACUGAUGAUGGUGGACAAUGCUCUGGCAUAUUGAAUACUACUCUCUAUGUGGGGAACUAUUCUGGUUUAGUCUAUAAUUAUCAAUACUCCUCUCGCAUCAAUGAUGGUGGAUGGUUGGGGCUUCACAAGGUGGCCAACUAUGCACUUUACAUCAUGGGUCCUCUUUGUUUGGCACUUCUUCUCUCCCUCAACUUUUCUGUAAAACGGCACCAGGUUAAAAUCUAUCGGUCUGAGAAUAUAGAAAUUGGAUCAUGGGAGAAGGGAUCAUUGUUUUUAAAUAUAUCUCGAUCAAAGGCUGAAACAUCAGUAUUGAUGGCUGGAAAGUAUAUUAUUAACCAUGUGUUUGAGAUGUAUGGGAUAGAGAUUACAUUGGUUGCAAUGGCCAUCUCCGUUGCUGUACGUAUUGACGUGUAUGGAGUGUUUUACUGCAUAGUGGUUGGAGUACUGCUUGUUUUUCCUCGUCGACUGAUGGCUCCAUUGUGGUUGUUUUAUGUGGUAGUCCAUGGUCUGCUGUUACUUCUACAAUAUUCCAUGUUACUUGGUGUACCUCCUGGAGCCUGUUUUUAUCCUGGUGGACGGAGAGGGUAUCCUUGGGACGUACUAGUUGAUCAGACUACAACAAAUUUUUGUCUGAAAAAAUGGCUCUUUCUCACGGACUAUCCACAGAUGCUGGAAAAAGUGGUUUUAUAUGGCAACUUUUGUGCAGUUUGUUACGGUUGAAAAGUGAUUGCUGGUGAUGAUCUAGCUGGUUUUGUGGACUUUGUUGUGUAUAUUCUUCUAUGCCUUCAAAUUUACAACUUCAAAAUUGUGAAGGAGCUGUAUUCACCUCUCACUGACUUCACAAAAACUGAUUUUUUCAUGAGUUAUUUUAAGGUGUUUUUGACAAGGUACCUUUUUUGGGUAUCGAUUUUUCUGCUGUUCUUUGCUGCAAUUAACAGAGUCAGCUUUUUUGGGUUUCUUUAUCUAAUUAUGUGCUUUGGAUUGCUCUACCGUGGACAAAACAUGCUAAUGGAUCAUAAGAACAGAAGAAUCAAGAGUUGGGCUGGAUUGCGUUUACUGGCAUGGACAAUCUUAUUGGUCAGAGUGUCAGUUCAGAUUGCAGAUUGUGUCUUCUAUACUGAUAUAUCUCAUGAAACGAAAUGCGGCCUUAUUCUUGGUUUUAAUGGAGGCUGUAAUAGAAAAGAUUACUAUGGCUCUCCUGAUGCAGAGUGUCCUAACUAUCCCAAUAAUGUUGGACUUUGGGUUGAUGUUCUCACCUUUGCAGUUUUUGCCAUUCAAAUUGCCAUCUUUGAUUCUCAAUACAGUGAAAUGAUGCGUGAAUACCUCAUAGAUAGAAGCAAAAGAGCUGGCCAGUUUUCUGCAGUGUUAGAUGAGAAGAUAGAGCAACGUCAGCAAAAUGCUGAGUCUGAAAGAGAGAGGGAACUUUUGAAAUUAAAUGAGAGGGUAAGGCAACUAAGCUCCUGUGAGAACAAGGUAGACCACAUUUUAUAUGCUGGAGUAAGAAUUCCCUCAAAUGUAAAGUUUAUGACUGAGGAGCAAGAUAUACUGAGUGAAGAAGAUACUACUUCUUUGGAGGUAGCAUCAGUGGAACCAAAGAGCAAGUCAUCUACCGAAAAUACUAAUGCUGCGGGGAGUAAACUCUCCCGGAUAUGGAAUUUCCUUUCUUUUUAUUUAAAUGACAUUUUUGAUUGGAUUAUUGAAUGGCUGGAAAGGUCAAGUGCUCUCUAUGUAGAUGUUGUUGAAGACUUGAAAAAGCAGGAACCAUCUGAGGAACAGUCAGGGAUUGAUGAAUACGACCAAGCUACUACCAUCAGUGGUUUAGCUUCUCCGUUCGAAGAGAAAAAGGAAACACAAGAUACCAGUGGGAUGCCUAGUGAGGGUCAAGAAGCUAUGGUAAUGGCAGUUGAAGAUUCUGACCAGCAUUUAUUGGAGUUACCAGUAAAAGAUGCUGGUUCACAUCAAACUGCCAAAACAGCAAAAGUUGCUAAUAGUGAUCAUAUUAAAGAUGGGGAUAUAGCUGACUUUGAGUCUGAGUUAAAUGCAGUUGCUAAGAAGUACAGCAGGCGGCCAAUGCGUUUUUUGAAGGCACUUAAGAAUUCUCUUUUGGCUCAUGCUGAAUUUGUCAUCUACUUUCUUGUGAUUCUUAAUGUUGUGAUAAAUGGAAGUGUGAUUUCACUUGGCUACGUGUCUCUACUGUUUGCCUGGGGAAUAUUUUGCAUACCUUGGCCAACGAAGACAUUCUGGCUGUCAAUGAUAUUUUAUUCGAUGCUGGUUCUAGUUCUUAAAUAUGCAUUUCAGUUCUACAGUAUUAACUAUCAUGAUGAAGAUCUCCAAUCACAAACUGGCUUUUCCACUCCAAAUAUUUUGGGGAUUGUGUACUACAAACAUAGUUCUGACUUUUUUAAAAAUGCCGUAUGGGACAUGCUACUACUCAUUGCUCUUCUCAUUAAUCGUGGGUUACUAAAGCAAAAUGGCCUGUGGAGGGACUACAGCAAUACUCAUUCCAGCAUUUUAUAUCGGAUUAAGAAUGAUACUAAGCUAUUUUACUUCCGUUUGCUGAGUCCAAACAUCUCUCGUGGUGCUACUGACUACUAUGUGAUGAUGCUCUUUUUUGAUGUUCUCUGUAUGAUCACAAUAGUAUUUGGAGUUUCUUCUUUUGGAGUUGGAAUUGCUGGGGAAGGAGUUGGACAGGCUGCCACUUUUAUUCAGAACAACUAUAUUCCUUUGCCAUUUGUUCUUAUGCUGCUUCUACAUUUUGUAUCAAUGCUGGUUGACAGGGCCAUAUACUUACGCCGUGCCUUGAAGUUAAAGUUUGCAUUUCAAAUCUUUCUUCUGAUUGUGUGGCACCUGUGGCUGUUGUUUAUAUUACCAUCGGAAAGUGUAACUAGAAUACCUUUUACGAUGAAUACUGCUGCCCAGUGUCUGUACUUCUUCAAGUGUCUCUACUUCAUUGUUUCUGCACUGCAAAUUGUGUCGGGAUACCCUAUGAAAAUUCUUGGUUAUUUCUUCGGGCGGCACUAUACCACUGUUUCUGGUAUACUGUUCUCUGUAUAUCGGGUAAUACCUCUGUUGCCAGAGCUACGAGAAGUAAUGGACUGGGUAUUUACUGACACUGCACUGUCUCUAUUUAACUGGCUGCGUGUGCAAGAGAUAUAUGCCAAGCUCUAUCUGGUUAAAGUGCGACGAGAAAGAGAAAAGGAUUCUCCAAGGGAAUUAGGAGAUCAGCAGAGUUUGCUUAUCAAGGCUUUACUUGGAGGAGUACUGCUGGUUGUUCUUGUGAUGCUUAUAUGGGGUCCACUGUUGGUGAUCAGUCUUAUCAAUUCAACCAGUGUUCCAAAUCUCCCUGUAGCUACAAGUAUUAGUUUAUCCCUAGAGGGUUAUGAGGUACGUAUCAUAAACUUUUGGUUGUCUUUUCAAGGCAUUGUGUACUUGCAGCCACUAGUACAGAUCACUGUACAAGAGGAAUCGAUUGAACCACUCACUAGUUCUGAAUAUCAGCAACUCAAAAACAGCUUUCAACUACAGGUGCAGCCUCAAUUGGAAAGUCAACUAUCCCAGCGUGACUUCAGGAAAGCAAUAUUUCCGAAUGAAUCCACCUCACUAUGGACAAUAAGUCCGCCAGCAAAGUUAUUAUUACUUGAUAGCCUUAAAAGUGUCAGGGAAAAAAAUACAUCUAUCACCAUGCAGUUUUCUUGGAACAUUCGGAGGGAGCCAGUGCUCACAACAGCAGCUGAAGAAGUCUCUGGGUCAACCUCGAGAGUCUUAGAUUAUCAAAAAUAUCCCUCAACAGUUGAUAAUCUGAUCAGUACCCUCAGUGGAAACAAAACAGAAGUAUCACUUCUGAGUUUAUACCCGCGCUUAAUACUUGCUCCAGCUACAGGAGGAGCUGAAAACUACACUGAUCUUAGCAGGUUCUUCAAAACUCAAGUAAACAUUGUUUGUAACACCAGUCUAUCAAAUAUCUCAAGUCAGGAGUGGUGGACAUUGGAAAUGUGUACUAAUCCCAUUUACACAGGGAAACUUGGACCACCAAUACUACUGAUAUACAGUGAACGUAUUGCAUCACAAGUUUUCAGUAUAAUUGCUGGCUUUGGAAUAAUUGGACUUUAUGCGUCAGUGGUGCUUGUUAUAGGGCGCUUAAUUCGCAACUAUGUAUCUUCACUUCCUACUGAAUUGUUACUUGAUGAAGUUGUCAAUCCUGACAGUUUGCUAAAGCUAUGCAGUGAUAUUUUCGUUGUAAGACAAAGCAGGGAUUUUCAACUUGAAGAAAUUCUUGUGGGGAAACUAUUUGCCAUUUUUAGAUCACCAGAGAAGCUAAUAAGUAUAACUGAAAGUAGAAAGAGCAAACAAGAUUAACUUUGUCCAUGUGUUAUUGAUCAUGUUAAAAUGAAAAGUUCUAAAGUGCA